ACUCGUUUGCCAGCGAGGCCAAGAUCUGGUCCUGGAGGAGCUGGAGGGGACCUGGAUCUGAUGGGACAAUGACUGCGCUGGAUUGUCUACACUCCAGAGUACAGUCAGAUUUGAUCGACUGGCUAGAUAAUGGACAAAAGCUAUUCGAUGUACAUGUACAUGUAUGCACAUGGACGUAACCAAUAUUAAAAAUAAAAUAAAAUAUAAAAUAAACCCGACCGACCGACGCGACCCUGGUACGGAUGAGUGAAGUGACCCGAAACAACGGACUAGGUGGCCUUAGAAAUAUUACUACUAUAGAUGCCGUGCAACCGCUAAGCAUGCAAGUAAGUGAUGACUAUGUACUCGGACAACAUCGUGCACCGUCACUCUUGAGAAGCUGAGUCUUGAUCAGACGCGGGCAAAAAGUCGACGAAUGCGUCGGGCAGCGAAAGAAGAGAGCCUUUCUUGCCGGCCAUACUGCCACGAAGCUGGUUUGGAGCGGAUGUGCAACUCCGCCUAGGUCGAACCAGGUGUUCACUGAUGUUUAUUUCGCUCGUCCCUCGACCGGUAUCAAACUAUGGCCAGCAAGUGGAGCGAACGGAGGGACCUGAAAGAAGAUUGGGAGACCAUCUCGGCGACCAAGGGCAAGGAGAUUGUAAAGGAAGCACUGACGGGACACGUGGGCAUGUUUUGCGGGCCAGGCAAGGCGUACGUUGCGGAAACUGUCAUCGGUCACGGUCACUUCGGCACCGUGUAUCAGGGUCGUGCAACGUAUACUAGAGAGACAGUCGCUAUGAAGGUGCAGGACAUCUACGUUCGCGGCUGCUUGAGCGUUGAAGUGUCGAUGCUGGGACAAUUAGCGGGUACCACGGGCAUUCCCAAGCUAUUUUGGGAUGGCACCAACAAAAACAUUCACGUGAUGGUAACGCAGUUGCUCGGCCCGAGCUUAAGGGAUCUGAUGACGUAUUACAAGACGAACGCGCCGUGGCAUCCGUAUUUUCCGGCCAUUAGCGUUGCACGCCUGAGCGUGCAGAUGAUGGAGCGUUUAGGUGACGUGCACAAGAAAGGCAUUGUGCAUCGAGACGUCAAGCCCGACAACAUACUAAUGGGACAAACAUACAGCCAAUCCGACCAGCUGUACUUGGUGGACUUUGGCAUUGGCAAGAAAUGGGUGCGCAAGGACACUCCGUUUCCCAACCCGGGCGGCAAGCGGAGCGACCCGCUGCGCAACGCUCACGGCAUGGCCGGCACACUGCGCUACGCCAGCAAGUUCAUACAGCUAGGCUACUUCUACAGUAUGCGUGAUGACCUCGUGUCCUACGGCUACUCGGCUAUCUACAUGAGCACGGGAACUCUUCCUUGGGCAGGCGUCAAUGCGAUGUUCGCACGCGUUAGAGGCGACAUGGUGCUCGAGGCUAAAAUGAAGGCCACGCCGGAAACACUGUGCAAGGACAUGCCCAAUGAGUACCUGGCGUACAUGAACUAUUGCUACAGUCUCGACUACGGGGAUAUGCCAAACCAUGAGAACAUGCGGACGCUGUUCAUGCAGGUGUGCAUGGCCAAGAAGCCCAAGCUUGACGAUAUGUGGCAAUGGGAACUGGUGCUGGAGGCUGGCAAGUGUGACUGUGUAGCCAAGGGCAAGAUCGAUCCCGACUGCAAGUGCUGCAUACCACCAGCAGAGACUGCGGCAGCAGCAGCAGCAGCAAGCCCUGUCAAGAGCAAGAGCUACACCAUGGCGGCGGCAGAACCAGGUAAAGGAAUCGCACCGAGGAGGGAGCCCGGCUGGCAUAGGAAGCCUCGGACGUGAUUUGUGAUCCAUGCAGCCUUGAAUGCCGCCGUCAAACUGCCCAAGUCAUGCACCGUAAGGACAUCGGAUCUAUUCUAACACUAUCCCGGAAGCGAGGUGUGUGACAAGCAGUCAUGGCACAAUGGGUCAUUCAUAUUACCCUUGAGUCACUGUUUGACCUCAUCUAACAUCCCGCCGCCAAAACACAAUUGGAUUGACACCGUUUCCUGACUACAAAAACAAACAAAGUCUCUUCUUCACCGCAAUGUGCUCUAUGUUGAUGAAAUAUGCAGUGAUACUCCUGUGUAUGCUUCAGUACAUGUUUCAACGUUCCUGCCAGGAGGCAAAAUAGAGAUUGGCUUGCCUGCAAUGGUUGUCCACCUUUCAGCUUGAUCAGAUUGAUGCGGCACCGAAUAGUUAUAAUUAUUCAGGAAAUGCAGUCUUGACUUGACUUAACCCUGGAUGCUUUCAGCAUCACUCAGACUAGCAAGGUAAAUCAUCUCUAGGUGUUAUGACUGCAAGUUUUGUCCAACAGCCCUGUGGUGUUCGGGGUAGAACAGAUCGAUGCCUAGACUAGUUGAAUGACAAAGUCUAUUGUCCGCACCAUGCACAAACUACAGUAUACAGUCUUCAAUCUGAUAAUAAAAUGAUUGCAGUUUCUCGCAGCCCCAGUACAUGUGAUUGUGCUCAAUAACGUGCCUUCUACUGCCGCACAGCAAUUAUUGUCAACUUUCUAGUGCCGUUUUAGCGAAUGCAGAUUAUUCCGUGGGAGGCUACUGAUAUCGUGCUACAAGUACUGUCUUUACUUCAGACUAAAGUUGAAGUUUAGUUCUUUGAACAUCCAUGUAUAACGUGCGGGCUUUGUGCUUGCUCGAGCAGGA